AGGAAACCACAGCGCACAGGAGGAAGGGAAGUGUCUAGGUCUCAGUGUGGGGUAUGGGAAUCCAUAAGCUGACUCCAGCAAGAAGGAAGAGACAAAGCACACAGGUUAAAUAGAAGCAAAUGGUUGCAGAAAAACAUACUAAAUGCUCUCCAUUUCAGGAUUCUAAAUUUUGACAUAGUUUAUUUAACCAUUUACAGAUACAGCUGUGAAAAAAAUAUGCACAUAUUUUCUUUAAGAAAACCUUGGAAACGUCCCAAGCCAAAUUCUGACAUGGGAACCACUUGGCAUUCAACACUUUCAUGAAAGCCUUCUUUACAUGGAUGCCAGGAAAACGAGGAUGAGCAAGGCAGUUUCUACCCUCAGGAGAUCAGGGGACAGAGGGAGAACCAGGCAAAUCUAUGCUAAUGAUGGUAAGACGUGGAAGCUGCCACAAUAGAAGAAUGUUCAAGGCUUUCAGGGCCAUGGUGAAGAGCAGACAGCCCUAAGUGACAGAGUUGGCUCCAGGUAUGCCCAAGGUUAAUAUAAUACCUCAAUCAUGGCUUAAUUGAACCUUACUAUGUGACAUUAUUUCUAGCUUCCUUUUCUUACUGAGGUAAACUUUAUAUAGUGUUCUGGAGAUGGAUGGUAGUGAUGGUUGCAGAACAGUGUGAAUGUACUCAAUGCCACAGCACACAUAAAAAUGGUUAAGAUGGAAAAUGACAUGCUAUAUAUAUAUUUUACCACAAUUAAAAAAAAAACACAGAAAAAUACAUUUUUAUUAACCACCACAAAAAAAAUGUACAGGCGCGCGGCCGCGUUUGAACGGUCCUGAGUGGGGCUCGGCCGGGAGCCGAGGGACUCUCUAGGCUUCCGGGCGCAGUUCGUCAGCGUUAGGACUGAGCUGAGGCGCCGCGGUACCAUGAGGCGCCGGUAUUCAAAGAGAUUAUGGCAUCGGAAACCCACGAUGUUAAAAAACGAAACUUUUGUAACAAUAUCGAGGAUCAUUCCAUGGAUCUUCCUAGAAAAAGAAUAUCUAAUUUUACUAAUAAGAACAUGAAGGAGGUUAAGAAAUCUCCAAAACAGUUGGCUGCUUACAUAAAUAGAACAGUUGGACAAGCUGUGAAAAGCCCAGAUAAACUACGUAAGGUGAUCUAUCACAGAAAGAAAGUUCAUUAUCCUUUUCUAAAUUCUUGUUACAAAAAAAAACAGUCCCCUAGAAGUGGGGGCUGUGACAUGGCAAAUAAAGAAAAUGAACUGGCUUGUGCAGGCCACCUGCCUGAAAAAUUACACCAUGAUGGUCGAACAUAUUUGCUUAACUCCAGUGAUUCUGGUUCUUCACAGACAGAAAGCCCAUCAUCAAAAUAUAGUGGGUUUUUUUCUGAGGUUUCUCAGGACCAUGAAACGAUGGCACAAGUUUUGUUCAGCAGGAACUUGAGAUUGAAUGUAGCUUUAACUUUCUGGAAAAAGAGAAGUAUAACUGAACUUGUAGCUUAUUUGGUGAGGAUAGAAGACCUUGGAGUGGUGGUGGAUUGCCUUCCUGUGCUCACCAAUAGUUUACAGGAAGAAAAACAGUACAUCUCACUUGGCUGCUGUGUAGACUUGUUGCCGCUAGUAAAAUCACUACUUAAAAGCAAGUUUGAAGAGUAUAUAAUAGUUGGCUUAAACUGGCUUCAAGCAGUCAUAAAAAGGUGGUGGUCAGAACUAUCUUCCAAAACAGAAAUUAUAAAUGAUGGAAAUAUUCAGAUUUUAAAAGAACAAUUAAGUGGAUUGUGGGAGCAAGAAAACCAUUUUACUUUGGUUCCAGGAUAUACUGGUAAUAUAGCUAAGGAUGUAGAUGCUUAUUUAUUACAGUUGCAUUGAGAGACUUCAUCUAGUAAAGAGCAUUUGAUUAUUCAAAACAUCCCUGGCUUAUAUGAUUUCCAAAAUGUCUCAUCAGAGAACUGUGAACUAUGGAAGAAAUCAAAACCUUUUUUUUUUUUUUUUUUAAACCACAUAAUGAAACCACUAAUGAAACCCUAACAAUCUACUUCACAUUGAAGUGGAAAAAUA